CGGUUUCCAUCCAGCCCCGAGUGGUGGCGCCCACCCACUUCUGCGAACCCAUGGCGCGCCUCCUUCUGCUGGCCUUCCUCGCGCCCCUGGCCUUCCUCGCGCCGAAGCCGCCGCGACCUUUGACGCCGCGACGUUCGGCGGCGGCGGCGUCGGCCGAAGCUGCGGCUGGCGCCUGGGCUGGCGCGCGUGAGGCGCUCCUCUAUGAAGAUUGGCCGGGCUUUCGCGCCUGGCUGUCUACCAAACCAGACUUGGAGGCUGAGGACGAGCGGGGAUGGACCAUGCUGAUGCAGGCAGCCGAGUGGCAGAAGGCGGAGGCGGUACAGCUGCUGCUGGAGGCCCGAGCUUUCCCGGGCGCGUUGGAUGCGGAGAUGUCUGCGUUGCACCUGGCGGCGCGAGGGCCUAUAGGCGGUGGAGAGGCGGAGCCGCGGAUUUUGGAGCUCUUGGUGCAUCACAAGGCCCACGUCGAUGCACAGGAUGCCACAGGCACCACCCCGCUGAUGCUGGCGGCAGCUUCUGGGCACAUGUCCACAGCACGGUGCUUGGUGCGGUUGGGCGCCGAUGUGACGCUGAAAGAUGGAGAUGGAUUGGCUGCAGCAAACUGGUCGGCCACUGAGCACUUGGCGCAGUGGCUCACCGAAAGCUCCACCCGGACCUGAUGCUGAUGGAAACCGCCGGCGGUGGUACCGCCGGUGCCGCGCAGGGACCGGAAGGUGAUGUGUAAGCCCGCAACGAGGAUACGUGUGGGAUUUCUUUAACUUGGCGGAUCCCCCUGACUGACCCAGCACCCAACAGGAGCAGACAGUUGGUCAGAGGAAAACCAAGGGAAAAGUCUUCGCCUUUGCUGACUACCCCAAGG